AUGGUGCCGAACUUGGAUUUGGAAACCGCUAUACAGAUAAUCUCUUCACUGGAGACCCAAUUGAGCGAGCUCGAAUGCGCUACCAAAGAGUAUGAAAACGAUUUAGAACAAGUCAUCUCAAACUUGAAAAAAGAUCUUCUUGAAAGCCGCAAACACAACAAGUGUAGCAAGCAACAAAUAACUGGGUUGGAGAUACAAGUAGAUGAGUUGGAAAAUGAAAAUAUCCAACUUAGGAAUAAAAUCGAAACGUUACAGCUGGAGAGUGACCGACGACUAGAACGCAACGUUCUGCUGGAACACGAGUUAGUCGACACAAAAGAUGCUUUACAAAGGCUAAAAGUUAGCAAAGAAGAAGCCUCCGGCGGUGAGACUAAACGAAACACCAGGCCUCCAUCCAGUCAAAAUAAAAAGAUGAAACUUUUUAAGGAUACUAUCAAAGUUUCCACCACAUGCUCAACCUUGUACCUACAAAGCAUAACGAAAAAUAACAACACCACCAGAAAUCACUGUAAUAUACCAAACACCCAGAUCACGCAGUCAACCGUGAUAGCAACAACGUCUUCCGUUUAG